AAAACGAGGACGACCUCGUAAGGAAGAAACAAUGCGCAAUAAAGAAAGAAGAUGGACAGCGCAAGAAAAUAUGAUCUUGGUAGACAGUGUUCUUGAAGGUUUGGCACCUUCGUGGGCUGAAAUAUCUAAACGCAUUGAAACUCACGAUCCCAUAAAUUGCUUUCAUCGAUGGUCAUCUUUGAAAAGGCGAUUAUAUCGCGAUGAAUAA